CUUCACCCACAUGCAUAAUACAUAAGAAACACAUUUCAAGACGCCCGUCCAUGUAUCAGACCAAAACCGCAUUUCUUUCCAGAUCUGAAGGAAUCAGGCCACGUCAGGUUUCGAUUUGACUAAACUGAACGUGAAAAAUUUUAAGAGAGAGAAAAAAGGUUAUAUAAAUGAAUAAAUCAAUUAUAUAUGCAGUUGAAUUUAAUCAGUUUAAGUAAUCGGUCAUAAUAUACAAUUAAUUACAAUCAUAUAUAAAUGAACACCUGUGCAUAACUGAAAGACACAGAAGCGUUCGCUGACAAUCGAGCGCGUUCACAGACGCGCGCGCACGUUCCAGCGCGAGGAGAAGUUCAGCUCUGACUGAAUGUAACGUCCUGUGUUACUUCUUUACAGACCACGAAGCUACAAAUUCCCGUUCGUUUUUAACAUAGGCUAUAACUGGUUAAAUAUCUUCAUACGCUCCUAGGACAUUUUUUUUUUUAGGAAAUUCGUUUUACCUAAGUGAUUUUUUUUUUUCAUGACACGUUAAGUGAUGUCUCAGUCAAAGAAAACCUUUUAUGCAUUUGUUUGGUUCUGCUUGUGUUUUGAAGGCUGGAUUGGUGUGUUUGGUGUUGAGACAGGUGAAAUUAAGACAGCGACAGAGGGGGAUUCUGUCACUCUACAAGCUGAGGUACGCAGAGACGAAGAACUGUUUUGGACGUUUGGACCUCGAGAGGUUCUCAUCGCUCAAGUCAAAAAGAAGGACGGAGUCUUCAAAGUCCAUGACGGUGCCGAUGGGAGGUUCAAAGACAGACUGGUGCUGAACUAUAACACUGGAUCGCUGACCAUUAAAAACAUCAGAGCUGAACAUGCUGGUCUCUAUAAACUAGAGAUAAUAAAGGAUACAGUCGCAUACAAAACAUUCAAAGUUUCUGUCUAUGCUCUUCUUCCCAUUCCUGUCAUCACCAGAGACUCUUCACAAUGUUCUUCACCAUCAUCAUCAUCAUAUUGUUCACUGCUGUGUUCAGUGAUGAAUGUGAGAGAUGUGACUCUCUCCUGGUACAAAGGAAACAGUUUAUUGUCCAGCAUCAGUGUGUCUGAUUUCAGCAUCAGUCUCUCUCUUCCUCUGGAGGUGGAGUAUCAGGAGAAAAACAGCUACAGCUGUGUGUUGAACAAUCCCAUCAGCAACCAGACGAGACACAUGGACACCAGUGAACUUUGUUGGCCAUGUCCAGCUCCUCUGCCAAUCCCUGUCAUCACCAUGGACUCUCUAACAUGUUCUUCAUCAUCUUCAUCACAGCAGAAUUGUUCACUGUUGUGUUCAGUGGUGAAUGUGAGUCAUGUGACUCUCUCCUGGUUCAAAGGAAACAGUUUAUUGUCCAGCACUAGAGCAUCUGAUCUCAGCAUCAGUCUGUCUCUUCCUCUGGAGGUGGAAUAUCAAGAUAUAAACACCUUCAGCUGUGCAGUGAACAAUUCCAUCAGCCACCAGACCACACAUCUGGACAUCAGUGAAGUCUGUCAGACAUGUUCAGGCCCCGUCCACUGCUGCGGUUUUACUGAAACUGUGAUCCGAUUGGCUGGCUCUGUUCUGGUGGGCGUGGCUACUGUUGCUGUGCUGGUUUAUGACAUCAGAUCCAGAAGAUCUUAUCCGAAGAGGAGAGAGCAGACGAGAGAGCAGACACCACGUGCAGAUGAAUAUGAUGAUGUUGCAUAAAUUCACCAGGGGGCGAUAAUGUUACCCUGUUCUUUAUUCAUUUUAGGAAUAUAAAUAAGCAAUAUUCCAGGUUAAAUGCAUCUAAAAAUCAGUUGACAGCUUGCAUGUUGUCAAUCAUACAUACAGGAUAAUAAAAUCGACAGUAAUAAAAACAUGAAAACCAAUGCUUUAAUGUACACUUUUUAAGUGUUCCCUAAGUUGUCAUAUCACCAUCUGGUGGUUAUUUUAGGUACUUUUUGAGACUUUGUGUCAGUUUUUUCAAUGUAAAGUUU